UGGCAGUUCACUUUUCAUUAUCCUUGGGGGUUCAUGUGUUUGUUUUUCCUUUAAAUGAUUCUUAUAAUUGCAUAGUGAUAUAUGCAAUUGGCUUAACCAUCAACUUACUUUGUCUUUCGCCUCUGUUUUUGAUAUUGCUGGUUAUAUACCUGGAUACUAUUGCGUCAUGGGAGGACUAAAGGAGGAUCUGGCAUACGACCCCCCAUGUCAUCCACGGGCAUGUGCCAUUCAAAGCUGUUUAACGAAGAACUCAUACCAGGAAGAAAAGUGCCAAUCCCAGAUAAAUGCCCUGUAUGAAUGCUGUAACGCCUUCUACCAAGCUCAAGGGGAGGAUGCAAAGACGCCCAGUUGCCCUAAGCCUAGUCUACUCAAGCUGAGGAUGAAACAACGUGGUCAAGACAACUGAGACUCUCGCUCUCUUUUUUUCUUGCAUGGAUACUUCUUGUCCGUUGCAAUGCAACAAGAUCUGUACAUACAGCUGCCCAUAUAUAAACUACGGGCUGUUAAGC